GUUAGGAGUUGUGGCUGGGACAGUCCAACCACUUGGACACAAAGAAGCACAGCCAACACAGGGUACCGUCUACAACAAUGAAUGACAUCAAACUGGCCCUGCUGGGCAGUGAGGGAGCAGGUAAAUCUGCGGUUUUAGUGAGAUUUUUGACCAAGCGGUUCAUAGGAGAAUAUGCAUCAAAUGCCAACUCCUUAUACCAUAAAAGGUUCUCCAUUGAUGGAAGACAGUUGAACUUGGAAGUCUUUGAUCCGUGCUCGCAGAGUGGAGAGAGCAGAUGUAUCCUGGAGGAACCGGUGGAUUGGGCUGAUGGCUUUGUGGUGGUGUACACCAUCAGCGACCGUACGUCCUUCUUAAAUGCCAAAAAUAUCCUGGCACAGAUCAAAGAAAGUCGUCGAGAAACCUGUAAAGGAGAUGUUCCCAUCUGCCUGGUGGGUAACAAGCAGGACCUAUGCCACAGCCGUCAAGUGAGUGAGGAGGAGGGCCGCUCCCUGGCCCAGGAGAACAAAUGCCACUUCCAGGAGGUGUCGGCGGCUGAGAACUACCUGGACAUCUCCAACCUCUUCAUCAAACUCAUCCGGCAUGUGAUGGAACAGCUUAAGCAUAGAGGUGACCGCAGACGGUACAGUGGCUCCAAGUCCAUGGCCAAGCUCAUCAACAAUGUCUUUGGCAAGAGGAGAAAGUCUGUUUGAGUGCAGAACAUAAAAUCUGCAACAGAAUCAGCAACAGAGACGUGUCCUUGUUAAGCACAAUUUUCUUGAAAUUUUUAUAUACACAAGUAUGCUCUAAUGAGUACUGUAACUCAAAUACCACAAUGAGAGAUCCCAUGGAGCCAAGAACAUCAUAUAGAACAGUUGUUCUCAAUCUCAACCCCCAAGACUUUUACAGAAGUUCAUGAUUUACUAAAUAAAUACAACGUUCUGUCAUGAAUCUCUAAAUGGCACAGGCUAAAAAGGUACUUAACUCAACCUGCUUGCAAUCACAUUGUUAUCUAUGCGACACUGAUUGGCUGAUUGGUUCCUGCUGUAUCAGUAGCAAUAAGCUUGCGUGCUCAACCUUCAAAUACCUUGGUAGUAUUACCAAAGGUAUCGGUAAAAGGAACAAAUCUUUUCCCGAGUCAAUUCGUUCAUUUCGUUCGGUGAAUGAACCAAAUGACACGAAAAAAGAUU